CUCAGCUUUGCCUAGUAUCCUGUAUGCUCUAGUUCCUGAUCUCUGGUUUUGACCUUUGGCUCCAGCUCCUAUGGGACUCUGGUAUCUGGUUCUUGAUGGCUGAUUUUGAUUUUUGGCCGUGGCUCCAGAUUAUGGACUCUGGCUUGACCUUUGGUUCUGGUUAGACUUUGGCUUCUGAUGACUGACUAUGGCUCUGACUCUGACCAUGAGGCCUGCUGUCCAAUCUGACCACUAGGCUAGACUGCCCUCAUCCUGGUUGGACCAGAUGCCAUAGCACUGGGAUCAUGGAGCCCGCUCAGAUCACCACGGCAAUUAUGAGCACUUUGAACACCACGCGCAUUCUCCUGGAGUAUGUGCAGAGCCAGGACAUGCCAAAGCAAAACCAGGACCAGCCGAGGAGGUGAUUGCAGCGCGGCGACAAGAGUGAUGAGGACAUUGAUAUGGACAUAGACCUCUCACAAAGUACAGGCCCCAGCAAUGUGCAAAUCAUGGUGUUACUGGGGCAGGUUCAUGCCAUGGAACGCUGAUUCUGGGCCCAGGAAACAAGCACAGACUGGUGGGACCGCAUCGUGCUGCAGGGGUGGGACGAUUCCCAGUGGCUGCGAAACUUUCGCAUGCGUAAGGGCACUUUCAUGGAACUUUGUGUCUUGCUUUCCCCUGCCCUGAAACGCCAGAAUACCAGGAUGAGAGCAGCCCUCACAGUUGAGAAGCGAGUGGCGAUAGCCCUGUGGAAGCUUGCAACGCCAGACAGCUACUGGUCAGUCAGGAAUCAAUUUGGAGUGGGCAAAUCUACUGUGGGGGCUGCUGUGAUCCAAGUUGCCAGGGCAAUGAAAGACCUGCUGAUAUCAAGGAUAGUGACUCUGGGAAACAUGCAGGCCAUAGUGGAUGGCUUUGCUGCAAUGGGAUUCACAAACUGUGGUGGGGCGAUAGACGGAACCCAUAUCCCUAUCUUGGCACCAGAGCACCAAGCCACCGAGUACAUAAACCGCAAGGGGUACUUUUCAAUGCUACUGCAAGCCCUGGUGGAUCACAAGGGACGUUUCACCAACAUCGUAGGAUGGCCGGGAAAGGUACAUGAUGCUCGCGUCUUCAGGCACUCUGGUCUGUUUCGAAAGCUGGAGGAAGGGACUUUCUUCCUGGACCAGAAAAUAACCGUUGGGGAUGUUGAAAUGCCUAUAGUUAUCCUUGGGGAUCCAGCCUACCCCUUAAUGCCACGGCUCAUGAAGCCGUACACAGGCAGCCUGGACAGUAGUCAGAACCUGUUCAACUACAGGCUGAGCAAGUGCUGAAUGGUGGUGGAAUGUGCAUUUGGACGUUUAAAAGCGCGCUGGCACAGCUUACUGACUCACUCAGACCUCAUCGAAAAGAAUAUCCCCAUUGUUAUUGCUGCUUGCUGUGCGCUCCACAAUAUCUGUGAGAGUAAGGGGGAGACAUUUAUGGUGGGGUGGGAGGUUGAGGCACAUCGCCUGGCCGCUGAUUACACGCAGCCAGACACCAGGGCGGUUAGAAGAGCACAGCAGGGUGCGGUGCGCUCAGAGAAGCUUUGAAAACGAAUUUUGUGACUGACUAGGCUAUGGUGUGAAACUUCUGUUUUGUUUCUCC